GCAAAAAGUAAAUAAAGAAAACAUGAUUUUGCGACUGGUUGCUGCUUAUUUGGUAAUUUUAAUAAAUGAAGACUCAGAAGGAAAUAGUGGAUAGUGAUGAAUGACGUACAUCUCUGAUCAUUGUGCAUUCUGUAUUUGUCACAUAGUGAUCAUUGGAUUUAAUGUGACCAUAGACCAUUAUAUACUGUUGUGAAGUUGGGUGUAUUAUACCUUUUAUUUUUCAGUGUUGUGAUUUGGUACCUGAUGUGCUACAGCUGCAAUGGAGGAAACAGAGGGAACUUUCAGUGACGUUUUAAUGGAUUCGCAUAAUACACAGAAAAGAGAGACCUCAAGAAGAAUACUACAUUUCAGCGAUGGAAUUUUAGAAGAAUGCUCUGCAGAGGAGGUUUGCGUCGCUGAAUCUGACGGGAAAACUUUGGACACCGUUGCAGCUGUCGAUCCGUCGACGAUGUCUUGGGGACCGUGGCUGUGGCACAAGGCAGUCUCUGCUGGGUCCACUACCCUGCGAGCCUGCGACUACGUGGGGGAAACACUUGCCGACUUCUUUGGAAUCACUACACCGAAGUAUCAGCUCGAGAUUGAUGAGUACGAGAGGAUGGUCCGAGAGGAAGAAGAAGAAAAGAAACGACAAGACUUGGAAAUGGGUGGAUGGCCAGGGAGUGGCUCAAAAGAUAUUCUGGAGAAGAGUGGUGACAUGCAGAUGGCAUCACUACCGCUGAAAGGUGGUGACUCUGGCAAAGGCGCAGCCACACAGAGUUCUGUUGCAGGAUCAGAAGACCUGGAGAAAUAUUGAUGCUCUCUUUCAUCGUAAAUAUCUCGUAAUUUUCUGGACUGAGUAGACAUCUUGAUAGAUUUUGGUAGUACAGGCGAGGAGACUCUCUGUAACGGUAACAGCAUGGUGUGCCUUGUUGUACAGAAAAUGGAAUUUACAUUACUUGCGAAUUAUGAAUUGUGCUUGUUGCCUCUGAUUAAUUUAAAAAAUAACUAUCUUUUUAUGGUUACUGAUCGCAUUGUUUAACUUCUUUAUGUAAAAUGUUCUUUUUGUGUGAACCUAAUUUGUAGUGCAUGUGCUCUGAGAGGGAAAAAUACAUAUUAAUGUCAGCUCAGUAUGUGUUUACAAAUUUACAGGAAGUAGUACAAACAUAAGCAACAUUAACUGAAGACCUGUGGAUUAGUUUGCUAGCUCUUCUGUUUAGUGUUUAGCCCUGCACUGAAGGUGUUAUCUUUUACAGAAAAAUAAUUAACUGGACAAAUUUUUGUCUGUGCUAAUCUGUCAGGUAGAAUAAUUUGACAGUAGCUAACAUUGUGCUGAUAAUAAGUUUCUGUCAUAAAAUGCAUUACUAGGUACCUGAGACUGUAGCUGUUUCCCCUUUUUACUUUGAUUUCCACAAAGGAUGAAAUGUAUUAAAAUUUUUAAAUCAAGUAAAUGCCUUAUAAAGUGAAAUGAUCUACUUAAGCACACUUACAAUCAUUUUAAUUAUAAUUUUGAGCUCAUUUGUAUAUUAAUUCUUAAGAGCAGAAUUGGGCACUCCUGUUAUUAAGACAAUGUAGCUUUUUAAGUGACACUUCCUGCGGUUAACAUUUUUCAGCGUUGUUAGUGUUACUUUAUUUAUAAAAAAUAUGUAUUUUAUCUGUUAAUCAAUUUCUGAGUUUAUUGUAUUGAUAACAUUGUCUAUCUACCAGUGCUUUCUCCUUUGGUAAGUUACAGCAUCUUUGAUUUUUAUACGUAUGAUUACAGAAUAAGUUAUACUCAGAAACUACCUCCAUUAUCUUGUCUUGAAAGUUGUAUGCAUGUACAUAUUGUCCAUGCUUAUACUUCCUCACACUUAGAAAAUCAAAUUACCCUGCAAGCACAUUAGUUUCCUUGUUUUGUUUCCAAAUUUGUGGAAACUGUUCAAGAAAUCAGUUUCAAAAUUUUACCAUAAUAUUCAUAUGCUUCUUUAAUUCUUUGUAUUUUUAUGUGAAAAAUGACAUUUUACAGAGAACAAAUUUGUGUAUUUUUAAUGAACCGAGAUGCAUAACACAACAACUUCCACAGAAAGCUGUUAUGAUUUAACAGUACAGAUGUUUCUUCUCCCCCCCCCCCCCUUCCCCCUCCCAUAAAUCUAUUUGUUAUGAUAAAUGUUUUAGCAUCAGAGAAUUAUGACAUGACAGUUUUCCACCUUUACAGUUACCAUUAAUUUAUUCCUAUCACUGUCCCCUUAAAAGUUAUUAAAAUGUUACAUAUUGCCUUUAUUUUUUAUUAUAUUUAUUUAUUUAUUUAUUUAUUUUCACUGUAAAGAUGGAGGGCAUAUUACAGAAAUGAUACCUCUGUAAGGAUGUGCUCUAAACAUGGUACACGUGUUCUCGAUGCAAAUAGUCAGUUACAUGUGAGAAUCACUCUCAAAACUGAUUAUCUAGUUAACCUUUUACAAUGCGAGGAUAGUGACAAUGCUAGUGGGAAAUGCAUUUCAAUUUGUUUAGUUUCUCACACAAAAUGAUAUGACACCCCCCCCCCCCCCCCCCCCCCCCCGUCCCCUCCCAUUAGGUGACUGGAGACGUUUGUCACAGUUGAGCUUCGUGCGUGAUGGUAGGUACUGUUUGUUGCUUAUUUGAAGCUUUCUGGAGGAAGCAGUUUGCACAUCGUACAGCUGGUGGCCUCUCUGAUGUCGUGUAUUCAACAGCUUAUUUUCUCUGGGGCUUUAAGCAUGAGGACUCUAAAAGUGCCUACAGUACACUUACUGAGUCGGAUAUAACGGAGAUCUCAUUUGAUAAAAAGCAAUAAUUCUGCUUAUCAGUGGCAUCAUUUCUCUGUCUAAAUAUACAAAGAAAAUUGUAAUUGAUAUUGAGCAGUGGCUAAUUUGCCUUGCUUUUUGUCUUGUGGUUGCAUGUUUUUUUUGUGUGGGACUAGAAGCUGCUGUUUUUGUAUUAAUAUCAGAAUUAGGUAUAGUAAAAAUUUCUAAUUUAUCACACAUGAGGAGUAUCAGUUUACUAGCACCAUCUACAGGGGAACUGACAGCUUGAGACUGAUCCACUAUGACAGUAAAUAGCGUGUAUUCAGUGUGGGGACUCUUAUGCAGUAAAGACAAUAACUUCGAGCUCUUUCUGUAAUAAGUAGUUGAAUUCUGAUUUUGCUUUUAUUCAAUACGAUCACAUCUUUAUUAACAAUACUUUUGUCUAAGAAAAUACAUGCAGCUGUUCGAAUGACUGAGAGUCCCAACAGUAUUAACCUUUCUGCAGUUACAUAUACCACUUGCUUGUGUGGGAUAAAUUUGUGUGUGUGUGUGUGUGUGUGUGUGUGUGUGUGUGUGUGUGUGUGUGUGUUGUGGACAAAAUGCUUAUGUAAAAAUACCUUAUACUGGAUGUAUAUAAGGUGAAUUGUCAAAUUUGAUGUACAUUUGACAUAUUUGUAUAGAAAAAGUUGAACUGUAUUUUUUGAUGUUUGUAACAAUCAUAUACAAAUAAAAUGUUGUAACUCAGUGUUUGGAAAGAUUUAGAUUUCUUUGAUUAGAGCUGGAGGCUAAGAUAUGGAGCAGGUAAAGUGUUACUGUAAACUGCUUGUAACAGACACGCAGGCAAUAUCAAUAUAUAUUUAUGAUAAUAGUUGCAGAGAAAUUAAAACAAUAAA